AUGGCGAACUCAAGAUUUGAGUACGUCAAGUCUUUCGAGCAGCCGGACGUGCUGCUCCCCAAUACGUGGAUUGUGGUCCGCAUUGAUGGACGAGGAUUUCACAAACUAUCUGAUCACUACGCUUUCGCGAAACCCAACGACCGCCGGGCACUGGAUUUGAUGAAUGCUGCGGCAGUUGAGGUCAUGAAAGAGCUUCCGGACCUAUGUAUCGCCUAUGGAGUCAGUGAUGAAUUCAGUUUUGUCUUCCACCCCAACUGCCAACUUUUUGAGCGACGUAAUGGAAAAUUAGUGACCACCAUUGUCUCUACGUUCACAGCACACUAUAUCUACAAGUGGAGCGAGUACUUCCCUGAAAGACCUCUUCUGCCACCGUUUCUGCCAUCUUUUGAUGGACGUGCAGUCAUCUACCCAAAUAACCGAAUUCUCCGCGAUUACAUGAGCUGGAGACAGGUCGACUGUCAUAUCAAUAACCUCUACAACACUACCUUCUGGGCAAUGGUGCUUCAAGGUGGAAUGAGCAACACAGACGCCGAGCAAGAGUUAAAGGGUACUGUGUCUGCAGACAAGAAUGAGAUUCUCUUCAAGCGGUUUGGAAUCAACUACAACAACGAGCUGGAGAUUUAUAAAAAGGGCACUGUUCUAUAUCGCCAGUUCGAGCUGGAGGAACCUAAGGCUAAUGUUUCAUCUGUGGAUGAUGACACGCCGGUGGUCGAGUCUAAGCUGUCAAGGUCACAGCAAGACAAGAUUCGCAAACUGCGCCGGAAAGCCCAGGUCGUGAUUGACCAUGUCGAUAUCAUCAAAGAUGAGUUCUGGGAGAAACGACCUUGGAUUCUAUCAGGUAAUCCUGGGAAAUUGCCAGCGUAG